UAGGGUUUCAGGAAUUCUCUCUCUUAGUUUGGCUCCCAAAUCAAACCCCUUGGCGGGAAGUUGCAAGUGGGAACCCAAAAGAUAAGAACCCUAGAAUUCCCUGACGCAAUUAAUUGAGAAAUAAUGGGAAAGGACGAGGAGGAAAUGCGUGGAGAGAUUGAGGAGAGGCUGAUCAACGAAGAGUACAAGAUUUGGAAAAAGAACACUCCUUUCCUCUACGAUCUGGUCAUUACCCACGCCCUCGAGUGGCCCUCUCUCACCGUCGAAUGGCUUCCCGACCGCGACGAGCCUCCCGGCAAGGACUACUCCGUUCAAAAAAUGAUCUUGGGCACCCACACCUCUGAAAACGAGCCCAAUUACCUCAUGCUGGCCCAGGUCCAGCUCCCCCUCCAGGACUCUGAGAACGACGCUCGCCACUACGACCACGACCGCUCCGAUCUCGGUGGCUUCGGAUGCGCCAGCGGCAAGGUCCAAAUUAUUCAGCAGAUCAAUCACGAAGGGGAGGUCAAUAGGGCUCGUUAUAUGCCCCAGAAUCCUUUUAUUAUAGCCACCAAGACCGUCAGCGCUGAGGUUUUUGUGUUCGACUACAGCAAGCAUCCGUCCAAGCCACCUUUGGAUGGGGCAUGCAGUCCUGAUUUGAGGCUUCGGGGCCAUAGCACUGAGGGGUAUGGGCUGUCCUGGAGUAAGUUCAAGCAAGGCCAUUUGCUUAGUGGGUCUGAUGAUGCUCAGAUUUGUUUAUGGGACAUCAACGCCACUGCCAAGAACAAGUCUCUUGAUGCUACGCAGAUCUUCAAGGUCCACGAGGGCGUCGUUGAAGACGUUGCCUGGCAUCUCAGACAUGAGUAUUUAUUUGGUUCCGUUGGGGAUGACCAAUACCUACUUAUUUGGGACCUGCGAACCCCAUCUGUCACCAAGCCUAUCCAGUCCGUAGUUGCUCACCAGAGUGAGGUUAACUGCUUAGCUUUCAAUCCCUUUAAUGAGUGGGUUGUGGCCACGGGUUCUACGGAUAAGACGGUUAAGUUAUUUGAUCUCCGCAAGAUCAGUACGGCACUCCACACCUUUGAUAGCCACAAGGAGGAGGUUUUCCAAGUUGGGUGGAAUCCAAAGAAUGAGACAAUCUUAGCAUCCUGCUGUCUUGGUAGAAGGCUCAUGGUGUGGGAUCUUAGCAGGAUUGAUGAAGAACAGACACCAGAGGAUGCUGAAGACGGUCCACCUGAGUUGCUCUUCAUUCAUGGGGGUCACACCAGUAAAAUUUCUGAUUUUUCGUGGAACCCAUGUGAAGAUUGGGUUAUUGCUAGUGUAGCUGAAGAUAACAUUCUUCAAAUAUGGCAGAUGGCAGAGAAUAUUUACCACGAUGAGGAUGACAUACCAGGAGAUGAAUCCACCAAAGGUUCUUAAAUGGUUUUUUCUCCCAACUUGAGGGGAGACAUAGGAGGUUGACAAAUUUAGGAGUAAAUUUAGCUUGUUUUUAUAUGUUUCAUAGUUGGUAAUGGUGUACCCAACCCGCUCUCAACUCUUUUAACUCCUUUGUGUUGAGUUGGUGAUGUGAUCCCAUCUGCUGAACUGUAACUGUUACUACAAUACAUGCAUUGUAUUUAACUGUUUAUUUGCAGAGC